GCGUUUCGACAUGAUUCAACCGUCUAAGGAGUUUAGUUAGUUAUCGACACCUGUAGGCUCAUUCAGGGUUUUGUUAUCAGUUUAGUUUUCUGUUGAAGUAUUCAGGAGGAAGUUUUACCGACGUGUGAGUUUGUUUUCGAGUGAAACGCUGAAGAUUUAUCUGUGGAGCUGCGUGUGGAUCUCCAGUAGUGACUUUUGAAAUAAUGCUACUCAGUGAAGAAAAGUAAAAGACGUCCACAAUGAAUCCUCAAACCCUGUCACUGAGAGCGCUGCUGUUUUUGGGGCUUUGGCACACCGGGAGAAGAAGUCUAGCUUCAGCUCCAGAGCUACAAGAUCAACCCAAAAAGAUAGCUGUGGUCGGAGCAGGCAUUGGUGGCACAGCUGCAGCGUUUUACCUGAGGCAGGAGUUUGGAGAUGGGGUCAAGAUUGAUGUUUUUGAACCUGGCGCUAUUGGCGGACGACUAGCAACAGUGAAGAUUGGAGACUAUGAGUAUGAGACGGGAGGCUCGGUGAUCCAUCCUUUGAACCUACACAUGAAGCACUUCAUUGAAAAAUUAGGUAUUCCUCCGAGGACAGAUGUCCCCUCUAAAAUGGCAAUCUUUGAUGGAAAAGAGCUCACGUUUGAAGAGAGUGACUGGUUUUUAGUAAAUUUUUUUCACAUGAUCUGGCGAUACGGGUUCAGCUUUCUCCGAAUGCAUAUGUGGGUGGAAAGUAUUUUGGACAAAUUUAUGAGGAUCUACCAGUAUCAACAGUAUGGUUACUCAUUCUCCAGUGUGGAUAAACUUCUUCAUGCUAUGGGUGGCGACAGUUUUCUUACCCUGGUGAAUCAGACCCUUGAGGAAACAAUGAUCGGUGAAGGAUUUUCGCAGGUCUUCAUCAAUGAUAUUGUCGCACCCAUCACACGUGUCAACUAUGGCCAAAGCGUGCGCAUCCAUGGCUUUGUAGGGGCCGUGUCUUUAGCAGGAGCAGAUUCAGGCCUGUGGGCAGUGGAUGGAGGCAAUAAGAGAGUGUGCUCAGGUCUCCUGUACCACAGCAAAAGUGAGCUCAUCACUGCCAAUGUGACCUCCAUUUCAGUCAAAGUUCGACCAUCAAAAACAGGCAGCACAGCCAGUUUCUAUGAGAUUAAUUAUGUUGGAGAAUCGGGUUCAGCACAUGCUCUGUAUGACAUCGUUGUCAUAGCAACACCGCUUCACCAGGGAAAGUCUGACAUCACCUUCUCAGGCUUCUCUCCCCCGAUCCCAUCUCACUUCCCUGGACGUUACCACCAGACUGUGGCCUCUCUGGUCCACGGCUUGCUGAACAUGUCCUACCUCGGGACCACAAAGCCGGCCUCGGAGUUCACCGUAUCUGAAAUCCUCACCACAGACUCAAAGGGCUGCGCCAUCAACAGCCUGAGCUCUCUUGACCCCGUGCACAUCCCUGAGGGUUACAAGCGACCCCCUGCCAGCCAGACCAAAGUCUGGAAGGUGUUCUCCCCACAGCCGCUGACCGAUGAGCAGCUGAAGGACAUGUUCCUCUCCUGGGACUCAGUGUCAGUGACUCCGUGGCUGGCGUAUCCUGCCUACCGCCCGCCGCCCCGUAAGACACCUCCCUUUAUCCUGCACAAUCGGCUGUACUACCUCAAUGCCGUUGAGUGGGCAGCUAGCGCCAUGGAGAUGAGCGCCAUCUCUGCCAGGAACGUGGCCUUGCUGGCACACCACCGCUGGCACCAACAGGUCACCAAGAUCGACCAGGAAGACCUGCACACCCGCCUAAGAGGUGAACUUUGAAAACUAAAACAGUAAAAUCCGACACACAGAUACUCCUGGACAUGCCUGCUGCACUGUUUUAAUACAUCUGUCAAGGCAAAUCCCAACUCUAUCUGGGUUGCUCAACCUGGAUCUUAUUGACAUAGUUUUGGCCUUUAUUUCUAUCUUUUAGUAAAAGUAAGAGCUAUGAUCUGGGAACACAGCAACAUCACUACAAUUAAUAGUCAGCAAUUUUGUUCAGAUGCAUUAUACAAGCAUUUAAACCACUAAAACCUGGGAAAAUUGGUUUGAUUUCUUUCAAAAAGUGGAAGAAAUGUUAAAUAACUUGCAAAAAUUGGUAAAAGGUGACAAAUAAAUGAGCUGACAAUUAGCUGGGAGGGAUUAUUUGAUACCAUACCCCCCAAGUACAGGAAAAAUGUCCAGAAAACUACAUUAAUUACUCCUGAAUUAUAUAUUUACAGUUGUUACAGAAAAAAAUGUGUG